CGUGGAGAUCCUUGCCGGGCCCACUGCUGGGAUGGGGAAACUGAGGCCGGAGAGGGUGUGGCCGCGGCUGUGAGGGAGAGGGACCGCCUGGACCCGGGUCUGGCUCCGAAGCACCGCUGGCAGCCCCGGGGCCAGGCAGGGAGGGCGGAAGGCGGGGUGGGGCCCGUCCCCUGGUGACAGCAGCGCCCGGGAAUGCGCCAGCUGGGAGGGUCUCUCCGCCCCCCGCGCGCGGCCCCCGGGGCCGAGCUUCUCCCCAGUGCGCUGGGGCCCUGCGCUGGGGGUGACCGGGACCUGGGUCGGGGAACCCCCGGAUGGCAGCCCAGGCGUGCCGGGGUCCCCAUCCACGAGCAGGGCGACCCCCCGCGGGAGGGGUGAGGGGCAGGACCAGGGGACGGGGCUGUGACCGGGGAUGGGGACGCCGGCGGGACGCAAUCCGGGAGUCGGCGGGGUAGGGGCAGCGCCCGGGACUCCCAGACCCAGGGCGGGGUGACCUCGGUUCGCGCACAUUCCCGGGCCCUGAGCGCGGCGCCCGGAAUAGCAGCCCCGGGGCAGAGGGGGGCGGUCAGUCCCCGCGCCGCGCCACCGCCCGAGCCUGCCAAGGUCACCAGGACCCGGCGCCCGACACCAGCCUGCGGCUCCGGGACCCCUGCGCUCGCGUCCGCCGGGCAGUCCCCUGCCGCAGAUCCGCGCCCGCCGCGCGAGGGCGCCCGGGGCCGCCGCCCCUCCUGACCCCGGCCUGGGUGCGCCUGCGGAGGCCGCGGUGGGAGGGGCCGUCCCAGGCUCCCCCCGCAUCCCCCCCGCCCAGCACCUUGGGCCCCGCCGCUUCCGCUCGCCCUGGGGCCGCUCAGGGAGCCGGGACGCGCUGCCUGGGCUCCGCGCAGCCGGCCGAGGUCACGAGGAGGGUGUGGAUGGCAAGUGACUUCAUCCCUGCCCUGACAGAUGGAGAAACUAAGGCCCAGAGAGCCAGUCAGCCUCCUCCCCUUCCCUGCUCCAGCCUCGGCAGUGGCCCCUUCCCUCCACGGGCCGCCCCGGAGCUCAGUCCCACCCCCUCCGCCGAUGAGGCCAUGAGGCACCGACCGGACCCGGGCCAGAAUCAUGGACUGAGUCCACUUGGCCCCCACUGCACAGAUGGGGAAACCGAGGCCUGGGAGAGCGGAGUGGCUGGCCUCAGGCCACACGGAAAGGCCCCGCCUCUUCCAGAACCUCCUGCUCUUCCUGUGGGCCCUGCUGAACUGCAGUUUGGGGGUCAGUGCUCAGUAGGGUCCGGGCGAGUGGACCCCGUGGGUGUCCUGGACCCGCUGCUCCAGCUCCUGCGGGCGUGGCGUCUCCGUGCGCAGCCGGCGCUGCCUCCGGCUUCCUGGGGAAGAACCGUGCUGGGGAGACUCCCACGAGUACCGCCUCUGCCAGUUGCCAAACUGCCCCCCAGGGGCUGUGCCCUUCCGAGACCUACAGUGUGCCCUGUACAAUGGCCGCCCUGUCCUGGGCACCCAGAAGACCUACCAGUGGGUGCCCUUCCAUGGGGCUUCGGCCGCGUCCUGGACGGCACCGCCUGCAGCCCGGGUGCCCAGGGGGUCUGCGUGGCUGGCCGCUGCCUUAGCGCCGGCUGUGAUGGGUUGCUGGGCUCGGGUGCCCUCGAGGACCGCUGCGGCCGCUGCGGAGGCGCCAACGACUCGUGCCUUUUUGUGCAGCGCGUGUUUCGUGACGCCGGUGCCUUCGCUGGGUACUGGAACGUGACCCUGAUCCCCGAGGGCGCCAGACACGUCCGCGUGGCGCACCGGAGCCGCAACCACCUGGCGCUGAUGGGGGGCGAUGGCCGCUACGUGCUUAAUGGGGACUGGACGGUCAGCCCACCGGGGACCUACGAGGCGGCCGGCACGCAUGUGGUCUACACCCGCGACACAGGGCCCCAGGAGACAUUGCAAGCAGCCGGGCCUACCUCCCACGACCUGCUCCUACAGCUCCCUGUGUGCCCUCCCCUGCUCCAGGUCCUCUUGCAGGAGCCCAACCCUGGCAUCGAGUUUGAGUUCUGGCUCCCUCGGGAGCGCUACAGCCCCUUCCAGGCUCGUGUGCAGGCCCUGGGCUGGCCCCUGAGGCAGCCGCAGCCCCGGGGGGUGGAGCCUCAGCCCCCCGCAGCCCCUGCUGUCACCCCUGCACGGACCCCAACCCUGGCCCCAGACCCCUGCCCACCCUGCCCUGACACCCGAGGCCGCGCCCACCGACUGCUCCACUAUUGCGGCAGUGACUUUGUGUUCCAGGCCCGAGUGCUGGGCCGCCACCGCCAGGCCCAGGAGACCCGCUAUGAGGUGCGCAUCCAGCUCGUCUACAAGAACCGCUCGCCACUGCGGGCACGCGAGUACGUGUGGGCGCCAGGCCACUGCCCCUGCCCGAUGCUGGCACCCUACCGGGACUACCUGAUGGCUGUCCAGCGUCUUGUCAGCCCCGACGGCACACAGGACCAGCUGCUGCUGCCCCACGCCGGCUACGCCCGGCCCUGGAGCCCUGCGGAGGACAGCCGCAUACGCCUGACUGCCCGGCGCUGUCCUAGCUGAGCCCCCGCAGGAGCCCUGGCCACACACAGCAAGAAAGAUACAUCUGACCAGUCUCAACGUCAACGUAUUUCUCCUCUCACCCUGGCUUCCAGGCAGCUCUGAAAUAUGUCCCACCUGUGCAGCUACAUGACUCCCUCCCGCACACGCUUAGACACCUCUGCAUGCAGUCAAAGUCACUGUCACAAGCCGGCAGGCACUGAUGAGGAGGCACUAAGGAGACUCUGACUUUUAUUUCGCCUCUCUCCUUGGCUGCCAGGAAGCUCAUAGCUAUUUAUACUCAGAAAGUUUAACGCUGCUUUCAUUCUCUUUGCGUGCAUCACACUUGCUUGGAGACACUGUCAUGAACGAGCAUGACACCCUGCUGCCCUGGGUACCCAGAAGAUCAUCUGUUUACUUGACAGACACUGCUGUCUCUGCUCUCUGCUACUCACACACACCCUCAUGUGUGAAGGGCAGAGACACUGUCACAAACAGGCAUGCCCCUUAGAAGACAUGCCUAACCAGGCACUGUAACGUACCAACGUUGGUACCAAUUUCCCCUCUUCCCCUGGCUACCAGGAAACUCAGAGACAAUCUUUUCAGCCUCAGCAUUUCUGGCUGGAUUUCCGCCCAUCAACACCUGCUCACUCCUCCUUUUUUUUUUUUUUUUUUUUUUUUUUUUUUUUUUUUUUUUUUUUGAGGCAGAGCCUUGCUCUGUCACCUAGGCUGGAGUGUGGUGGUGCAAUCAUGGCUCACUGCAGCCUCAAAUUCCUGGGCUCAAGCGAUUCUCCCACCUCAGCCUCCACAGCAGCUGGAACUACAGGUGUGAAUCACCAUGCCCGGCUAACUUUUAAAUGUUUUGUAGAGAUGGGGUCUUGCUGUGUUGCCCACACUGUUCUCCAACUACUGGCCUCAAACGAUCCUCCUGCCUUGGCCUCCCAAAGCACUGGAAUUUCAGGCAUGCGCUAUCUUACUGGCUGUUCACCCCCCUUUUACUCCUCUUUAAUUUUUACAAGCACUUUUUUUAAAAAAAAUUUAUUUUAAGUUC